GGCUUUUAGUGGGUUCUGAUUCUUGGUGCAUUAUAAUUUUAGAAAGCUGUAUGGAUAUGAUAUUUUAUAUACUUUAGUUUUUAUAUUUGCCUGUUUCCUAAGAUAUGUAGGCCUUCUUGUGGAUCUCCUUAAUCCUAGAUAUUGACCCCUCUAUUUUUCAACUAUAUGCUUUUUGGCGCACUAGCACUCAACAGGCCGCCCUAGUAUAACCUUGAGUAUUGAAAGCAGCUUGAUCUUCAAGAGAAUAAUUAAAUUAUUUGUAUUUAUGUGAUCAUGCUUUCACACUAAUUGAUUGAUGUUUUCUUCAUGUUUAACUAUAUGCCUACCUAACAUUAAUAUUAGAUAAUGUGAUUAGGGGAAACCAAUUUCCUUCUUUGAUUUAUAUUACACUAGUCUAAUUCUAAUAUUUAUUUCAUUUAACCAAGCAUCACUUGGGGUUAUGCACUUGAAUUAACGAAUUAAAGUAAGCCAUUAGGUGACCAUUGUUAUUUAUUCUUGGAAGAUGACGAGUGAGAUAUCAAUUUAAAAGUAUAUGAUAAUCGUGAUGUUUUUAGAGUAUGACUAGUACAUGAAAAUUUGAUACUACAUAUAUAGGAUAACAGUGAGAAGUUUAUAUUGAAGUACGUCAAAGACUAUUGAACAAACUUAUUAAUAUAUUGCUUUCUUUUGGGAGUAAAUUGAUGUUUGAUGCCUGUCAAAAAAAACAUUGAUACUUGAUAUUGUCAACAAUUAUUAUAGCUCCCAAUAAAGAAAGGAAACUUGUAGCUUUCCCCCUAUCUUUGUUCGAGGUGUUUAAUUUAGUUAAAUUUAUAUGAUUUUACACUUGCAUGUAAUGUUUGUCAUUUGCUUUAUGUUUAAUGGGUGUCCUUGUUGCCUCCUUACUAUAUGCAUCAAGCAUGAGACCUAAUAAAGUGGCUGCACAAACUUUAAUUAUUUGUUUUUCUGUUUGGGUGGAAGGAGAAUUGCUGAUUCCUGAGUAUGGAUUGUAUGGCACUCCGUUCGAAAUGGAAGAAUCAACAGAAAUAACUGAAGAAAUGUCCCCUGGCCAGCGCAGUAGGCCACUCCCACAAAAUCUCGUGUUAGAGAUACCAUCAAGAAAUGUUCAAUGCUCCCCAGAGGAUUCUGUGCAGAUAAGCAUUCUUCCUACACCCAAAAGAGUGAAUUUCUCACCAAUGAACAGCCCUAUCGUUGCUGGAUUAGAUAGAUCUUCAAGCUCCACCAUGCGUAGGGACAAAUCAUCAAUAAAAAACCUUCUCCCAAGACUUAGUUUCAAGUUCAAGAAUUCUUCUUCAGAUAGUGAGAAGGCCGCCAUUCUAUCCAUUGGAUCCCCCUCAUCGGUGAGAGGAGGAAGACCCCGAAUGACAAGGACAUUUUCACUUUCAAAGUUUUUUACACCAAAAGGAAACAAAGCAUACUCUUUGCCUGCUACUCCAAUUGCACACUCUAAUCCAGGGUCCACACACGGAAGCAAUAAAGGAAGGCUCCAAUUACCUAUUCAUCGUUCACAUUCUGUUCCAGUUCUUAUCAAAGAUGGUAGCAUACGACAGAUAGAUUCUCUUGGGGGAGUAUUUCGUGUAAUACCAACCACUCCACGUGUUAAAGAUGGAACCGCCCUGGUGACAGAUGCAAGUACAACUGAUGCUGAUGAAAUUGAUGAGGGUGAGGACAUUCCUGAAGAGGAAGCUGUUUGCAGAAUUUGCUUUGUUGAACUUGGGGAAGGCUCAGAGACAUUGAAGAUGGAAUGUAGCUGCAAAGGUGAACUUGCUUUAGCUCACCAAGAAUGUGCUGUAAAAUGGUUUAGCAUCAAAGGUAACAAGAUUUGUGAAGUAUGCAAACAAGAUGUUAAAAACCUACCUGUCACACUUUUACGAAUUCAGAAUGCUCAGGGCCAGCAGACAAGUGGACAGCAGGUUGAGUCAGCUGGUUUCAGGGUUUGGCAAGAUGUUCCUGUUCUGGUAAUAGUAAGCAUGCUUGCUUACUUUUGUUUCCUCGAACAACUUUUGGUUAAGAAAAUGGGUUCAGGUGCGAUUGCCAUUUCACUUCCAUUUUCUUGUAUAUUGGGUUUACUUGCAUCCAUGACGUCAACAACAAUGGUUGGAAGAAAAUUCCUUUGGGUAUAUGCUGCUGCACAAUUCACUUUUGUGGUUCUCUUUGCACAUAUUUCGUACUCCCUGCUACACUUGCAAGCAGUGGUGUCAGUUAUAAUUGCUACAUUUGUUGGUUUCGGAGUUGCGAUGUGUGGAUGUUCCAUCCUCUAUGAGAUAUCGAGAUGGAGGGAAAUUUGGCGAUCUCGCUCAAGUACCCAACCAACUGUUGUUGAUGGAGUUCCUGCACAAACAUCUGAAACAGCGAGCGUGACACAAGCAACCCCUAAUGAACCUGAAACUCUAGCCAGCAGUCCUGACUCACCUCAUCGAGCCUAGGUCACUGCAGAAUGUACAUAUCAAGCUCUUGUACAGAAAAUGUUGGUCGAACUGAUCAGGCAUUUGAGUGAAUUAUACAUACUUCAUCAGGCAUUUGAGUGAAUUAUACAUACCUUUGUAUAGUGAGGUGGGACUUUUUCCCGCCUUCCUAUUUUAAAAUAGUUUUCUUGGUUGUUUCCUGGGAAAGUUAGGACUCGGGAGGGUGAAAAUGUAAAUCGAUCGAUAUGGGAAGCAUGUUGGAUAUUGCUCAAAUUUCAAGCCUUAUGAUUAGUUCUUUUGAGUUCUAA